AUGGUAUUUGUGCCUCAGCUGGCAGUAGCAAUUAAGCAUUUGUUGCUUGUAGGUUGUUCAUCUUUGACGAUUGUCGCCAAUUCCUUCUUGGAGAAUCCAACUACCUCUGCCUUGUUGGCUACCAUUCUGGUGGAGUUUCUCCUGGACCGCCUGCCAGAGAUGGGCUCCAACAUGGAGCUCUCCAACCUGUACCUCAUGUUCAAGUUGGUCUUUGGCUCCGUCUCCCUGUUUGCAGCUGAAAAUGAGCAGAUGCUGAAGCCUCAUCUGCACAAGAUCCUGAACAACUGAAUGGAGCUUGCGCAGACUGCCAAGGAGCUCUACAACUACUUCCUGCUGCUCCGGGCGCUCUUGCGCUCUAUUGGUGGGGGUAGCCAUGACCUCCUGUACCAGGAGUUCCUACCCCUCCUCCCAAACCUCCUGCAAGGUCUGAACAUGCUGCAGAGCGGCCUGCACAAGCAGCACAUGAAGGACCUCUUCGUGGAGCUGUGUCUCACAGUGCCUGUGAGGCUGAGCUCUCUGCUGCCCUAUCUGCCCAUGCUGAUGGAUCCCCUAGUGUCCGCGCUCAAUGGCUCUCAGAUGUUGGUCAGCCAAGGCUUGCGGACUCUGGAGCUGUGUGUGGACAACCUGCAGCCCGAUUUCCUCCAGGACCACAUUCAGCCCCUGCUCACUGAGCUCAUGCAGCACAUUGAAUUUUAUGCUCUAUGGCGCACUUUACGCAACCCUGCCGACAGCAUCUCUCAUGUGGCCUACCGUGUGCUGGGGAAGUUCGGUGGCAGUAAUCGGAAGAUGCUGAAGGAAUCCCAGAAGCUGCACUAUGUUGUGACCAAAGUUCAAGGCCCUAGCAUCACUGUGGAGUUUCCUGACUGCAAAGCAUCUCUGCAGCUCCCCAUGGAGAAGGCCAUUGAAACCGCUCUGGACUGCCUGAAGAUUGCCAACACAGAGCCCUACUACUGGCGGCAGGCAUGGGAGGUGAUCAAGUGUUUCCUGGUGUCCAUGAUGAGCCUGGAGGACAACAAGCAUGCGCUGUACCAGCUCCUGGCCCACCCCAACUUCAAAGAGAAGACCAUCCCCAGCGUCAUCAUUUCCCAUCGCUACAAGGCUCAGGACACGCCAGCUUGGAAGACAUUUGAGCAGGCCCUGACCGGGGCCUUCAUGUCGGCUGUCAUCAAGGCUCUGCAGCCCAGCACCCUGCCCUUUGUGGCCAGCCUUAUUCACCAUUACACCAUGAUGGCUGUGGCCCAGCAGUGUCCAUUCUUGCUGCCUUGCUACCAGGUGGGCAGCCAGCCCAGCACUGCCAUGUUUCACCGUGAAGAGAAUGGGUCCACGGGGAUGGACCCUCUGGUUCUUAUUGACGCCACAGCUAUUUGCAUAGCCUAUGAGGAAAAGGAGCUGUGCAAAAUCGGAGAGGUGGCCUUAGCCAUGAUCUUUGAUGUCGCAAGCAUCAUCCUGGGCUCCAAGGAGAGGGCAUGCCAGCUGCCUCUGUUCUCCUACAUCGUGGAGCAUUUGUGCGCAUGCUGUUACGAGCAGGCUUGGUAUGUGAAGCUGUGGGAUGUGGUGUCCAUCAAGUUCCUUAUGGUGCGGCUUCCUCUCACCUGGGUUCUGCAGAACCAGCAGAUGUUCCUCAAAGCGCUCCUCUUUGUCAUGAUGGACCUGACUGGAGAGGUUUCCAAUGGGGUCGUGGCCAUGGCCAAGACCACCCUGGAACAGCUCCUGAUGAGGUGUGCGACUCCCUUGAAGGACGGGGAGCGGGCCAAGGAGAUUGUAGCGGCCCAGGAAAAGUCUUUCCAGCACGUGACACAUGAUCUGGUGUGAGAAGUCACCUCUCCAAACUCCACCAUGAGAAAGCAGGCUAUGCAUUCCCUGCAGGUAUUGGCCUAGGUCACCAGGAAAAGUGUGACGGUGAUCAUGGAGCCCCACAAAGAGGUGCUGCAGGACAUGGUCCCACCCAAGAAGCACGUGCUGCUCCACCAGCCCGCCAACGCGCAGAUCGGCCUCAUGGAGGGCAACACAUUUUGCACCACGUUGCAGCCCCAACUCUACACCAUGGACCUGAACAUGGUGGAGUAUAAGGUGUUCUACACAGAGCUGCUGAACUUGUGUGAGGCUGAAGACUCUGCUCUGACAAAGCUGCCUUGUUACAAAAGCCUCCCGUCGCUUGUACCCCUGCGAAUCACAGCCCUGAAUACACUCGCAGCCUGCAACUACCUUCCUCAGUCCAGAGAGAAGAUCAUCGCUGCACUCUUCAAAGCCCUCAAUUCCACCAACAGUGAGCUGCAGGAGGCCGGGGAAGCCUGCAUGAGAAAGUUUCUAGAAGGUGCGACCAUAGAAGUGGAUCAGAUUCACACCUACAUGCACCCUCUGUUGAUGAUGCUGGGAGAUUAUCGGAGCCUCACCCUGAAUGUUGUGAAUAGGCUGACGUCCGUCACGAGGCUCUUCCCAAAUUCCUUCAAUGAUAAAUUUUGUGAUCAGAUGAUGCAACAGCUGUGCAAGUGGAUGGAGGUGGUUGUCAUCACCCAUAAAGGGGGCCAGAGGAGCGACGGAAAUGAAAGCAUUUCAGAGUGCGGGAGGUGUUCCUUGUCUCCAUUCUGUCAGUUUGAGCCUGCCAUGGAAGGGGUAGAGGAGAUGAAGAUCUGUUCGGCCAUUAUCAACCUUUUCCACCUGAUCCCAGCUGCACCUCAGACCCUGGUGAAGCCUUUGUUAGAGGUUGUCAUGAAAACAGAGCGGGCCAUGUUAAUUGAGGCGGGCAGUCCUUUCCGAGAACCCUUGAUCAAGUUCCUGACUCGGCACCCUUCACAGAUGGUGGAGCUUUUCAUGAUGGAAGCCACUCUGAAUGACCCGCAGUGGAGCAGGAUGUUCAUGAGUUUCUUGAAGCACAAGGAUGCCAAGCCCCUGCGGGACAUGCUGGCUGCCAACCCCAACAGGUUCAUCACGCUGCUGCUGCCAGGUGGUGCACAGACAGCUAUGUGCCCCGCUUGCCGCACCAGGUGCCUGGACCUCCAGUUCCAGGCUAUCAAGAUCAUAAGCAUCAUAGUUAAGAAUGAUGACUCUUGGCUGGCCCAUCAGCAUUCUCUGGUGAGCCAGCUGCAUCACGUCUGGAUCAGUGAGGCCUUUCAGUAAAGAUACCGCAAGGAGAACAUGGCGGCCACCAACUGGAAGGAGCCAAAGCUGCUGGCCUAUUGUCUGCUCAACUACUGCAAAUGGAACUACGGAGACAUAGAACUGCUGUUCCAGUUGCUGUGAGCCUUCACUGGCCGUUUUCUCUGCAACAUGACAUUCCUAAAAGAGUAAAUGGAGGAAGAGAUUCUGAAAAAUUAUAGCAUCUCCCAGAAACGUGCCCUGUUUUUUCGCUUUGUAGACUUCAACAACCCCAAAUUUGGUGAUGAACUGAAGGCCAAGGCUCUGCAGCAUAUCUUGAAUCCGGCUUUCUUGUACAGCUUUGAGCAGGGGGAAGGAGAGCAGCUCUUGGGACCUCCCAACCCAGAGGGAGACAACCCAGAGAGCAUCACCAGCGUGCUCAUCACCAGUGCGGUCCUCGACCCAGAGAAGCAGGCGGUCAUGCUGGACUCGCUGAGGAUCUACCUGCUGCAGUACACCACGCUGUUGGUGGAGCACGCCCCGCACCACAUCCACGACAACAACAAGAACCUCAACAGCAAGCUGUGCUGCCUCAUGACCUUCGCAUGGCCCUGCCUGCUCUCCAAGGCCUGCGUGGAUCCUGCCUGCAAGUACAGUGGACACUUGCUGCUGGCACACAUCAUUGCCAAGUUUGCAAUACAUAACAAAAUCGUCCUUCAGGUGUACCACCGUCUGCUCAAGGCCCAUGCCAUGGAAGCACGCGCCAUUGUCAGACAGGCGAUGGCCAUUUUGACGCCUGCAGUGCCUGCCCGGAUGGAGGACGGACACCAGAUGCUGACCCACUGGACCCGGAAGAUCAUCGUGGGGGGGCAUACAGUUCCGCAGCUCAUUCACAUCCUACACUUGAUAGUGCAGUACUUUAAGGUGUACUACCCGGUGCGCCACCACCUGGUACAGCACAUGGUGAGCGCCAUGCAGAGACUUGGCUUCAUGCCCAGUGUCACCAUGGAGCAGAGGAGGCUAGCUGUGGACCUGUCAGAGGUUGUCAUCAAGUGGGAGCUCCAGAGGAUCAAGGCCAGCAGUGUGUGUGUUAAGCCAGAUUCAGAUGUGGACCCCAGUUCCAGUGGAGAAGGCAUCACAUCUGUGUCAUCGUCCAUCAAAAGGGGCCUGUCAGUGGACUCUGCACAGGAAGUGAAGCGCUUCCAGACGGCUACUGGCGCCAUUAAUGCUGUGUUCGGGCGGAGCCAGUCAUUGCUGGGAGCUGACUGUCUUCUGUCCAAGCCCAUUGACAAACAGCACACAGACACCGUGGUGAAUUUCCUCAUCCGUGUGGCCUGUCAGGUGAAUGACAACACCCACACGGCUGGGUCCCCUGGGGAGGUGCUGUCUCGCCGAUGUGUCAACCUCCCCAAGACCGCCUUGCGCCCAGACAUGGGGUCCAAGUCUGAACUUAAGCUGCAGUGGUUCGACAAGCUGCUGAUGACUGUGGAGCAGCCAAAUCAGGUGAACUAUGGGGACGUUUGCACGGGGCUGGAGCUGCUGAGCUUCCUGCUGACAGUAUUGCAGUCGUCUGCCAUCCGCAGCAGCUUUAAGCCCCUGCAGCUCAGGAUUGCUGCCUGCAUGGCAUGCCACCUGCGAGCCGUGCACAGCCUCCUCUCACGCCUCAUGAGCAUCUUCUGGACAGAGCCGAGUACUUCCAGCGUGGCCUCCAAGUACGAAGAGCUCAAGUGUCUGUAUGCGGCUGUUGGGAAGGUCAUCUAUGAUGGACUCCCCAGCUACGAGAAGGCCGUCAGUGCUAACCCCUCGCAGCUCUUCGGGACUCUCAUGAUUCUCAAGUCCGCCUGCAGCAACAACCCGAGCUACAUAGACAGGCUGAUCUCGGUGUUCAUGCGCUCCCUGCAGAAGAUGGUGUGAGAGCAUCUUAGUCCACAGACGGCGGCGGGGAGCACAGAUGCAGCCUCAGGGGCUGAAGUGCUGCCACUGCCGUCUGAGGGUAAGCUGUUCGAUAGUAACUGUGUCCACACACCCUGGCAUCUGGUGUCUGCCUUAGGCUCACCUUUGUCCCUGCCUCUGCAGCUCCUCCUGGCCGUGUGUGAGAAAAGCACGCCCAUUGGUACCAGCUGCCAGGGGGCCAUGCUCCCGGCCAUCACCAACGUCAUCAACCUGGCCGACAGUCAUGACCGAGCCACAUUCGCCAUGGUCACGCACGUCAAGCAGGAGCCCCGGGAACGGGAGAACAGCGAGUCCAAAGAGGAGGAUGUAGAGAUAGAUAUUAAACUGGCUCCUGGAGAUCAGACCAGCACGCCCAAAACCAAAGAACUUUCCAAAAAGGACAUUGGGAACCAGCUGCAUAUGUUGACCAACAGACAUGACAAGUUUCUUGGUACCCUGAAGGAGGUGAAGGUCUGUGCGCAUGACUGCAGGGAUGGUGGGGGGGGCCGCCAGUCUCCUCCCACCCCUUACCUGAGCGGGCAUGUGAACGCACUUUCCAAUGGUGGGACUCAGUGUCCUGUUCUCCAGCAGCUGCAGCAGGGCCUGGCCAAGUGCUACUCGGUGGCAUUUGAGAAGACCCGAGCUGUGUCUGAUGCCAAAAUCACCCCCCACACUCUCAACUUCGUCAAGAAGCUGGUGAUCACAUUUGGUGUGGGCCUGGAGAACAUGUCCAACAUGUCCACUAUGUUCUCCAGUGCCGCCUCUGAUCUGGCCAGGCGGGCACAGGCCACUGCCCAGGACCCCGUCUUCCAGAAGCUCAAGGGCCAGUUCACGACCGAUUUUGACUUCAGUGUUCCGGGUUCCAUGAAGCUUCAUAAUCUGAUCUCUAAGUUGAAAAAGUAGAUCAAGAUCCUGGAGGCCAAAACCAAGCAGCUUCCCAAAUUCGUCCUCAUAGAAGAAAAGGGCCGCUUCCUGAGCAAUUUCUUGGCACAGACAGCUGAGGUGGAAAUCCCAGGGGAGUUCUUGAUGCCCAAGCCAAUGCAUUAUUACAUCAAAAUCAUGCGGUUUAUGCCCAGGGUGGAAAUCGUGCAGAAGCACAACCCGGCAGCCAGGAGGCUGUACAUCCAUGGGCACAACGGCAAGAUCUCCCCAUACCUGGUCAUGCACGACGCCUGCCUCACAGAGUCGAGGCGAGAGGAGUGUGUGCUGCAGCUGCUGCGCAGGCUGAACCCCUGCCUGGAGAAGAGGAAAGAGACCACCAAGAGGCACCUGUUUUUCACAGUGCCCUGGGUCAUGGCUGUGUCCCAGCAGAUGCGCCUUGUCGAGGACAACCCCUCCUCGCUGUCACUCGUGGAGAUCUACAAGCAGUGCUGUGCCAAGAAGGGCAUCGAGCAUGACAAGCCCAUCUCCCACUACUACCACCAGCUGGCCACUGUGCAGGCGCGGGGCACCCAGGCCAGCCAUCAGGUCCUCCGAGACAUUCUCAAGGAGGUGCAGAGCAACAUGGUGCCGCACAGCAUGCUCAAGGAGUGGGCGCUGCACACCUUCCCCAACGCCACCGACUACUGGACCUUCCGCAAGAUGUUCACCAUCCAGCUCGCGCUCAUCGGCUUUGCCAAGUUCGUCCUGCACCUCAACAGACUCAACCCCGAGAUGUUACAGAUCGCUCAGGUGAGUGGAAAGCUCAACAUUGCCUACUUCCAAUUUGACAUCAACCACGUGACCGGGGACCUAGAUGCCAACCGCCCUGUCCCUUUCCGCCUCACCCCCAACGUCUCUGAGUUCCUGACCACCAUCAGGGUGUCUGGCCCGCUGACUGCCUCCAUGAUCACCGUGGCACGGUGCUUGCCCAACUUCAAGGUGGACGGCAUUCUCAAGACGGUGCUCUGUGAUGAGAUCAUCGCGUGGCACAAGAAGACGCAGGAGGACACCUCGUCGCCGCUGUCAGCCGCAGGGCAGCCUGAGAACAUGGACAGCCAGCAGCUGGUCUCCCUGGUGCAGAAUGCCGUCACGGCAGUCAUGACCCGCCUGCACAACCUGGCCCAGUUCGAGGGCAGGGAGAGCAAGGUGAACACCCUGGUGGCCACUGCCAACAGCCUGGACAACCUGUGUCGCAUGGACCCUGCCUGGCACCCGUGGCUGUGACCACCCUGGCUCCCAGGCUGCUGUGGCUGACUGAUGGUCGGGAGCCCUCGCCUGCUCACUCGCUCCCCUGAAGCCACGAGGGGUGGAGCUGCAGGGUCACAGCACCAUGUCUUGAGGAGUGUCGGGGCCGCGGCCGCCCCGAGGGGUGGGGCUUCCCCUUUGGAGCCGCUUUGUGGCUCUUUUUAUGGUGUUCCUCCCCAUGUGGGAUUGCAGGUUGCACAUAUGUGUGUUUUAAAAUCCCCUUGAGAAAUAACGGCCGCAGUGGCCCUGCAGCAGCCCCAGGAAACCACCAUGGCGUCCAGCAGCAGGGCGUGG